CCAGCGGCGCGACCAAAACCCAUGCGCGCGUGUUGUCUGUGCUCGCCAUGGCACCUUCCUCGUCGGCGAAUUCACACCACCAGGCCAAGAAUCGAGGUCUUCGCUCCCGCCUCAGCCUCCCCGCGGCAGUGGUCACGAUCCGGGACUCGUCGAACGGCUAUCACUCUCUUCACCCACUACCGUACCUGCUGCCUGCUGCUACCUGGGGCUCGCAUUCACGGCGCGAGGACCGAUAGCCUAGCCUUGAAAGCUUCGUUCCCUUCGCUGACAGCCUCAAGAAGAGUGAGCAAGGACACAAUGGGUGACGGCCGGCCGACGAAGCGUGCUAAACGCCACGGCGCGACCGGCACCACGCCCAAAGAUCCCACCCUCCCAAGCAUCACGAUUCCAAUUCCAAUCACGAACCGCCCACCUCCGUCACACUACCCCACCUACGUUCCCGGCUCUGGACCUCCGUCGAGCAAGAUCCGUCUGCAGCCCGAGACAGACGACACUACGAGCUACAUCAUCGACAAGCUCGUGCUUCCCGCCGGCCCUCUUCCCGACUCCAAGGCUCAGCGCCGCUACUAUUACCUCGUUGGCUGGACUGAUAUACCGGCCGCGCGUGUCGCGAUUGACUGUUCGAAGGCCCAGGAAUACCUUACACCCAGGUGCAUCGAGGACUGGGAGUUCGAGGACUGUCUUAGGCGCGAGCGUGAGCAGCAGGAGGCGGCAUUCGAGGCUAUCAAAAAUGCGCCCGUUCGGAAGAAGGCGGGCCGCCCACUCAAGAAUCGCAUCCUGGCCGACGCCGACGAGGUUCAGGCCGAAGAGCAGGCCCUGCGGUCCAGCCAGCCCUCCCUCAGCGGACCUUCGCUGUCCACGCCGCAAAAGACCCGCGCGACGGGCCUUAUUCCAGGCGACGUCGAAAGCGAGGAGCAUGACAACCUAAACAUCGAUCUCGACUCAGAUGGCGAGCCUAUCGAGUUUUACGAUGCAGAGGACAUGGCCGCUGAGGAUAGUAUGGAUAUCGACGAAGUCGAGGACGAAGAUGAUGAUGACAUGCUUCAGAAAGUUCUUCUAGAGCAAGCUCGGAGGAAUGCUCGGGCUGAGGAGCUGGACGACGAUUACGACGAGCUAGCGGCUGGAAGGACCAUUGUCCGGCUCGACGACGCGCCUGUGAGCCAGUAUCUCCCAGGGCGGAUCGCCAAGUCCAAGCUUGCCAACGCAUAUGCGCCCUUGUCAAACCCUGCGAGCGUGGCACCAUCUCUGCCGGCUAACGCUGCCUCUACUAAGAAGAAGGGUAGUGGAACAGACCGAGGCCCCGGCAGGUGGCCCAAGGGAACCAAGGCUAGCGACUACGGCGGCACUGGCGUUCCCAGUCUGGCUCGCCCAGAGGUCGCUGCGCGCGUCGGAGCUCGCCAGCGGCGUGAGCCGGCCGUUGCGUCCUCCUCCUCAUCAGCCGCUGUCCUGCCGCCGAUGUGGUAUGUCUCUAAUGAUGACGACGACGACGACGCGCACUCAGCCGCUGCUCCAGAGCGGUCACCCUCGCCGGAGUACACUGGCAAAGGCAAGCAAGCCAUUUACACCUUCAAAGGAAAGGAGCCCGUCUACACCUUCAUGGGAAAGGAGCCCGUCUACGUGGCCAAGGGCAAGGAACCUAUCCAUACAGACAAGAGCAAGGAACCUGUCCAUCCAGACAAGGGCCAGGAACCCGUCUAUUCGGACAAGGCCAAAGGCAAAGAGUCUGUUUGGCCUAUCUUCCAGACCCAAGUCCAGCGCCCCAGAUCCGUUUCCACUGCGCCUUUCGGCACCAAAAAUGACACGUCGAACAACGCCGAGGGUGGUACUGAUUCUGUUGUCGCUUUUCAGGCGACUGAGGCUACCCCCGCCCAAACCGUCGACGGACAGCCCCUGUAUGAGGUCGAGCAGCUUGAGGGAGUCAAGAUCGAGAUAAUUGACGGAGCCGCCGUGUACUUCUUCCUGGUUCGUUGGAAAGGCGACUGGUCUGACGACAUCAACCCAUCCUGGGAGCCACAGGAGAACUUGGAUUCGCGCCUGGUCAGGCGAUUCCUCAAGGCACAUAAGAAGGCUGCGCAGGAAGAGUCGGCCAGGAUGAUGAUGCCGCCGCCGCCGCCGCCCCGCAUCACCGCGGCCAAGCCUAUGAAGCCAGCUAACCGCCAGGUCGCUGAACCAGACAUCAUCCCCGUCCUUGACGAGGCCGGCAAUGGCGCCACAGCUCCCAACAUCGCGUCUAGGAGUAUCAUUUCGCAGACCAGUCGCCUUACGCACCCUGUAAUCAAGCCUCCUCAAACUCCGUCCCAGCGACGGGCUACCGGUUCAAGCUCUUUUACGAUCGCAAGCCCAUCCGCCCAAGACGACGAGGAAGAUUUUGACAUGGAGGACGCCGACGGCGAUAAGGACGAAGCCAAGGAGCUGCGCCGUAUGGGUUUGGCUAACGGCUCCUAUCAGCCCCCGAUGGGAGUCCACCUUCCGAAGCCUGUUCUCCCCAAGAGUGUCCGCGAUUCGCUCCCUCGCGCGCUUCCGCGUUCUUCGCGAAAGUAAAGCAAGCAUGGCAACCGUCUGCGCUGCACUGCAGUGCCCAAGGGGCUGCUCCCCAAUGCUUUGCUCCUCCAGUCGGGCUGGAUCGAGGUGAUCCAACUUUUGAUCCCCAAGGGCGUUUCUUUUUUUGUUAUUUAUUUUGUCCAGAAAAGCCUCCCAUGUCGUAUAAGCAAGCUGCUUCUAUGCCCAGCAGCCACGCAUAUCUCUUGUCUGUGUAGUCAUUGCCCUCGAGAUGGUCACUGCCCAUUCUACCAGGGCACACCACAUACCCGUACGCAUCGUGAGGCGGACAUGCCUGCUUUCUCAAGGGCUUCUCUUUACCAUGUUUUGUCCUGUAGUUUUAGCGAGCAUAGCAUGGCGUUUUGGGGAGGCCUCCCUGGUGGUGUUUUCUUUUCGGGAGGCGUCCAUGAGGACAUUGUCCUCUAUUUAUGGGACCAGGGGGGGUUUUGCGUCUGGGUGGGACCCAGACGCCUACGUUUUCGGACUGGCUUCGGGCAGCUUUCCUUGUAGAGAUAGAAGACUGGUAACAGUCGCUGUUAAUAUAAACAUAAAAUGUAAC